CGGAAGCGCCGGCGGAGCGUCCCCACAUGGAGUGGGAGCCGAGCGCCUCCGAGGCCGCCCCUGCGGCGGCCGCGCUCUUCGCCUGGGGUGCGAAUAGCUACGGGCAACUUGGCCUUGGCCAUAAGGAAGAUGUACUUUUGCCCCAGCAACUGAAUGACUUCUGUAAACCUGAAUGUAUCAGGAGGAUCACGGGAGGAGGGGGCCACUCUGCUGUUGUCACAGAUGGUGGAGGCCUUUUUGUUUGUGGUCUGAACAAAGACGGGCAACUGGGGCUUGGUCACACAGAAGAUGUUCUGUGUUUUACUGCCUGCAGGUCCCUCCUUGGCUGUCCUAUCCAACAGGUGGCCUGUGGCUGGGAUUUUACCAUUAUUCUCACAGAAAGUGGUCAAGUUCUGUCAUGUGGAUCCAACUCCUUUGGCCAGCUGGGGGUUCCUCAUGGCCCUCGACGAUGUGUGGUUCCCCAGGCCAUUGAGCUCCUGAGAGAGAAGGUCGUUUGCAUUGCUGCUGGACUGAGGCAUGCUUUAGCUGCUACAGCAAGUGGCAUCGUGUUCCAGUGGGGGACUGGUUUGGCAUCAUCUGGACGGCGGUUGUGCCCCGGGCAGACUCUCCCACCGUUUUUGACAGCAAAGGAACCAAGCAGAGUGACAGGCCUGGAGAAUUCUAAAGCAACCUAUGUUCUUGCUGGCUCAGAUCACUCAGCUUCAUUGACAGAUGCAGGAGAGCUGUAUGUUUGGGGAAGCAACAAGCAUGGACUACUGGCUUCCUUGGCUGCUUUUCUUCCUAUGCCCCAGAAAAUAGAAGCACAUUGUUUUCAGAAUGAAAAGGUCACUUCUGUCUGGAGUGGGUGGACACACCUGGUUGCUCAGACAGAAACUGGCAAGGUGUUUACCUGGGGCCGAGCGGACUAUGGUCAACUAGGGAGGAAGUUGGAGUCUCGUGAAGACUGGAAACUACAAAAUCAGGAUCCAUCACACCCCUGCUCAGGACCUCCGAAGAGCAUGCCUUCCUUUCUGCCUUGCUUAACAGGAGCAGUUGAGGUCUCCUGUGGCUCAGAGCAUAAUCUGGCAGUGAUUGGAGGGACGUGUUACUCUUGGGGCUGGAAUGAGCACGGCAUGUGCGGGGAUGGCUCUGAAGCCGACAUCUGGGCCCCGAAGCCUGUGCAGGCCCUGCGGUCGUCACUGGGACUCCUCGUGGGCUGUGGGGCUGGCCACUCCCUGGCCCUCUGCCAGUUGCCGGCCCUCCCUCAGUUGGUCACUGGCUCUUCCCUGGAUGCCCCUGAGGACGCUGAAUCUCAGGAAGCCAGGGACAAAGAGAGAAACCGGAAGGAAAGGCAACCGGACACCUCUACCCAGAGCCAGCCCGGCAGGUCCAGAAAUGGGGGGCUUGUGACAGAGGCCCUUAAAUAAAGUGACUUUU